AUAUCAAACGCACCCUGUACUCUGUGUUAGAUUUUGGACCAAUGAGCGGCGGACCCUGAUGGAAGUGACACACUCCCGCCAAUUCCGAGUGCGGAGCGCGGAGCUGCACUGGGGCUGAACGCGGGGAGACCGUGGAGUACACCAAACAAAAAUGUGCAAUAUUUAGUGUCUAACAAAUCAAGAAUAAGGGAUUUUUAUCGACAGCACAGACCCACGGUGCUUUGUUGUGUCCAGCUCUGCAGCUGACACGGCCUGUUGGUGGAAUAAAAGUGAGUUUUGUACAGAGGGUUCCCGGUAGAGGCUCAACGAUGUUAGCGGCAGAAAACCCAGCUGUGGACGGCGGACAUUUAGCCUCAACCCCCCGGAGAAAAGGAAUGGAUUGCAAACCAAGUAACAAUGCAAAUAAAAAACUUGUUCAAGCACGUCUACCAUUCAAGCGCCUGAACCCUGAGCCAAAAGAGAACCACCCACCCAAACGUCCUUGUGCCCAUGCUUGUCCAGAUCCGGAGUUAUCUGAAAGGGAGAAUGAGAAUGAGUCCUCUCCUCUUCCUCUGUGCACUGGACCACCACUGGUCAAUGGCCGUGGUCCAUUGGAUGGUUUUCUCACUUGCAAACGUUCAGUGCCUGCUGAUGAAAAUAUGGUCAUAGAUCUAACUGAAGAGAAAGAGUCUCCUAUAAAAUGUCGACUUCUUCCAUUAAAUGACAAGAAACAGAAACAAGAUAGAAGAGUAUCCUCUGGAAAAUUAAACAGAAGCAUUAACUCUUCUUCCGUCACUGACUCUCCCAAAAAACAAACUGUGGACGAGGAUGUUAUGGCUCAAGAUGAGAAACUAGAUCAGAGUGCCUCCACAUCAUUUCUUGACACAACAAAAGAAUCUGUGAGUGAGGAAGAAUCCCAGAAUGAAUCUCAAGAUGCUUCUAGUUUGGUAAACCAGUCUCUGCUCUCCAAUUCCCUGGACAGCUCCAUAUCUGAGAGCUCCCCAGAGAAGCCCAGUAAUGAGAAUGUCACUCCCACUUCCACUCACACAGAGCCAAAGACCACACCCAAGAUUCCUGCAGAGAAAAAGUUAAAAAGGCGCUCCCUGAAGAAUGUGCAAGAGCAGGAAGAGAAGCUCCGUCUACGUCAGGAAAAAGACAGGCUAAAAGAAGAGGCUAAAGCAGCAAAAGAGAAAAAGAAAGAAGAUGCUCGUAAACAAAAAGAGGAGCGUGAUAAAGAGAAACGUGAAAAGAAGGAGCGAGAGGAGCGUGAACGGAAAGAGAAAAAAGAGAAGGAGGAGAAAGAGAAGGCUGAGAGGUUAAAGGCCAAAGAGGAGCAGCGGAAGUCAAAGCUUGAGGCUAAGCUUGAAGAGAAACGUAAGAAGGAUGAAGAAAAACGCAUUAAGGAAGAAGAAAAACGGUUAAAAGAAGAGAAAGAUCGCCUCAAAGCUGAAAAAGCAGAAAUCACACGGUUUCUACAGAAGCCUAAGACCCAACAGGCACCAAAGACUCUUUCUGCUGCUUGUGGAAAGUUUGCUCCAUUUGAAAUUAAAGAGAACAUGUUUUUGGCCCCACUGACCCGGGUUCAGUGUGAAGAUUUGGUUCUGGAGAAACUGGAUGAAUAUUUAUUGAAGCCUUCUCAAAACGGUAAUGGACUCAAAGACUGGAUUGAGCAAAAGCCACGGUGCUCAGGCCCCACCAAAACCAGGAGAACAAAUUCACUUAGCGAGUGUACAGCAGCAGAAAAUCCUAAAACUGAAGGUGUCCCAGACCGUUCUCGUCAUGGACCAAUGAAACUGCUACAGUUCCAUGAAAACUACCGUCCAGCUUAUUGGGGCACCUGGAGCAAGAAGAGCUCACACAUUUCAGCUCGCUGCCCUUUGAGACAAGACAAGGAUCUGUUGGACUAUGAAGUGGACAGUGAUGAAGAGUGGGAGGAGGAAGAACCAGGAGAGUCUCUGUCACACAGUGAAGGCGAAGAUGAGGAAGAAGGAGGUGAAGAGGAUGAUGACGACGAUGAUGGUUUCUUUGUGCCUCACGGAUACCUCUCUGAUGAUGAAGGGGCUCUGGAAGAAGAGGAUGGUGGUGAUUUGGAGAAACAGAAACUUCAACAGAAACUUAAAGCAAAGGAAUGGGAUGAGUUGAUGUCCACCAAAAAGAAGAUGAAGUUCCUGGAGCCUGUGGUGAAGGGCUGUGUAUGGGAGGGGGAGGGGCUUGGCUCAGAGAUGUUCCAGAUCUACGCUCUGUGUCUGAUCGAGCCUUUGGCCAAAACAGACAACAGCCCCAGCCCAGAGGAGCAGAGUCUGAAAAAGCAGCAAGAGACUGAGUUACUUGGACAGAUGCUUCCACUGCUCCACGGAAACUCAAACAGCAGCAAAAUGAUCAUUACUGAGUUCCAGGAGUUUUGUCGACAGCAGUCAUCACCAUCUUCUCCUCCUCAACUGUCCAGUCCUCAAAACGCUACAGAUAAUAUUCCAUCCAGGAUAAAGCUAAGGCGGCUCAUCAAAAAUAAUGCCGUAUAUGAGAAGCGCUCGACCUAUAAGAGGUGUUGCUGGUAUGUCCACAAAGAGGUUCUGUCUCAGUUUGGUCAGGAGGCGCUCCCUGUGCCCUGUCAGUGGACAUACCUCACCACGGGACUCAGAGAGGAGCCCCGUGAAGAGUCACAGGCUGCAACAGGGUCUGUGGGCAACUCUCCCACCACUCCACAGACCUCCUCCAGCUCUGCUGCCCACAAGAGGAGGAGCACAGGCAGCAUGUCCAUCACCAAGUUCAUGAAGAGGUGUAAGGAGACAGAAACGUCUGAGGCCACAGAGGCAGAUGGGUUUCAGGCAGAUACAGAAGAGGAUGACGAUGAUGACUGUAUCAUUGUCUCAACAACUAAAGAUGGCUUAACCAGAGAGAAUUCUGAGGACCAACCGAUGGAUGUCACUCCCUCUGACCCAGUGUCCAGCGCUUCAACCCUCGCCUCUGUCUGACCACAGCACUGUUCAAACACAUGGGGACCUCACUGCUGCUCGGGGCCAGACAUCACCUGUCUCAGUCUUGGUGUUUUUGAUGAGUCUGAACUCCUCAAAUGAUCAGCACAAAUGACUCUUCAACAAGGGACCCACGGGUGACACUGGCAUCUUGAAUCUCUUUAUCCAGUCAAACUGACCGGGUCAAGGUAUUUUGUUUUUGUGCAUAAAAUCAGUGUGACUAUUAAACUAAGGUAUGUUUGCAUGUUGAAGUUUGGCAUUGCCUUAUUCUAGAGGCUAUAACUGAUCUGAUGAAAGUGCUGCUCAGAUAUGCUAGAUUAAAACAAGGCAGACUCAUUACAUAAAGAACAGGAUUAUCUGUUAAAUGCUAGAUGUGGCAUUAUGAGGUUACCUUGAUUAUAAUUUCUUACGGCAUACAGUUAAUCAGAGGGGAUGUGAGACUCGGUUGAUCAGUACCUUAGUUGUUUUAAUAGGUGCAUUUAUACGACUUGUUCUACUUGUAAUUCUCUUGAGUCGUUACUCAAUCUGAGCGUGUACAGAUAUCCUGUGUCACAUUUUAUAAAUAUGUAUUUUCUUUGUUUUUCAAGAAUACUUGAACAAGAAAUUCAUUAAACAUUAAACUGCACUUUUAUAAGAAAACA